GGCUGGUGGCGGGAUCGGGGGCCAUGGCGGGGAUGCUUUGAGGGUCCAGAUGUCGAUCUCCUCUGUGGGAGAAGGAGAAGGGCCUCCAUCGCGCCAACCAAAGGAUGGUGGUGUCCUCUAUUGUCUCUGAUGGGCGGGGGAGGAGAGAAGGAGGACCGGACAGGAUUCUGCGUCUGGGUGGAGAGAGCUGGGAGGUGGGGGAGGGGUGUUGUUGGCUGCAUUUGCAGUGUGCCUCUCCAGUCGGCUUUUUUCUCCCCUUUGCUUGAGGACAACUGGCCACCCCGACCUCUCAAGGGCAGCUACGAAUUCCCACGCGCGAAUUGUUCUCUAUGUUUAUUUAUAAUUUUCAAGUAUUUCUAUUGUAACUCCUCCCACUUGAAUGGAAAUUCUUUUGAUUUCAGGAGCGAACAUGACGGCUGGUUCAGUGUGUGUCCCUCAGAUCAUACCACUGCGAAUACCUCAGCCUGGAAAAGCGAACCAUGAAAUUGAUAAUAAUACUCUUUUGGAAAUGAAAUCAGACACCCCGGAUGUCAACAUAUAUUACACCCUGGAUGGCAGUAAACCUGAAUUUCUGAAGAAAAUUGGUUAUGGUGAAAAUAAUACAUUUAAGUAUACAAAACCUAUUACUCUGCCUGAUGGAAAAAUACAAGUUAAAGCUAUUGCAGUGUCUAAAGACAACAGACAGAGUGGAAUUGUCACAAAGGUGUUCCAAGUAGACUAUGAACCACCAAGCCCAGCCUCUUCUGGAGACAGAGUUGAAAAUGUUCUCAAAGGCUCUUCAAAGCAGGAAUUAAAAAAUGGAUUUGUUGGACCAAAAGUAAGAAAGAAAUGUAAGAAUGCUGAAAAUAAACCUGGUUGGAAUGUUAACCUUCGAAAGUUUUCAGACCUCAAGGUAGGCGAAAGAUCUACACUUCUGAAAGCUCUGAGAGAUCUUCGUUUCUCAAAGAGUCCAUUGGAAAUCUCAGCUCACUGUGAAGGAUCAAGUUCUAGGCUGCUCACCCACCAGUCCCAGUUUCAGUCGCCUGGUUUUGCACACAUACCAGGCCAGAAGAGUUUGACAAGCACGGAGAUCAUGAGAAUCCAAAGGCAGACAGACUUUCUCAAGUGUGCCCACUGCCUGGCCCCCCGCCCAUCGGAUCCUUUCGCUAGAUUCUGUCACGAGUGUGGUGCUCCUGUCCCAUCCAUAUUUGGCUGUCGUCUUCCACCCCCUGAAGGAGCGCAGAUGGGCUCGUGUGCAGAAUGUGGAAACGUGGUGCCCAUGAACACCCCCAUCUGUGUGGUGUGCGAGGCUCCACUUGCUCUACAGCUGCAGCCCCAGGCCAGCCUCCACUUGAAGGAGAAGGUGAUCUGCCGCUCCUGUGGCACGGGGAAUCCUGCUCACCUGAGAUACUGUGUCACCUGCGAGGGGGCCCUGCCUUCGCCACAAGAGUCCUGGAACAGUGGCGAGAAAGCACCCCCUCUGCUGACCCAGAAAGGGGAGACCACUUCCUGGUGCAGAUGUGGCUGCCACAACCUCGGGGAGGCAAUCUUCUGCGACUGGUGUGGAGCCAAGCUUGGCCUUUCUGCUAGCCACUCCAUCUGCCCUAAAUGUGGGGCCAGCAAUCACCCAUCUGCUCAAUUCUGUGCUACCUGUGGCGUUUGUGUGAACUCCAUGGCAAGACAGAGCCUGGAUGGCAGCCCGACUGUCCUAGCUGGGGAGCCGCACCCCACUUCUCAGCCCCGAUAUGCUUGGCAACCCCUAACUGUCCCUCUGCCCAGCGCUGAUGCUGGGCCUAAGAAGCAUGUGGGCACCCAGACCGUGGGCCUCUUCUACCCGUCUGGCAGGCAGCUGGCCUUGAAGGAGCCGGAGGUGGAGACACGUGGCCGCAUGCCCCCACUCAUGGCCAUCAGCCCAGGCAGAGGAUACUGGAGAAAACAGUUGGAUCACAUCUCUGCUCACCUCCGGUCCUACACUCAGAACAACCCUGAGUUCCGGGCCCUGGUCUCAGAGCCCAGGAUGGGGAAGCUCAUCUCUGCCACUGUCCAUGAAGAUGGCUGUGAAGUUAGCAUCAGGCUGAAUUAUAUUCAAGUCUCCAACAAGAACCUGUACCUCAGCAAAGCAAUGGACUUAAGCAACCGCUUUCUCAGCAGUAUCACCGAGGGUGGUGAUGGCCUCUACGGCAGCAGGUCCAGCUUGGUGAGUGACUACAGCCAGAGUCCCUCAGACUCUGAGGUCAAGAGGAUGAGGAACAUCAAAACCAAAAACUUUCACAUAAAGAAAGAGCAGCCGAGGCCUAGAAGCAGACAUCGGGUGGAAGAAGUGGGCCUGGCAGGGGACAAAAGAGUCUCUGUGCUUGAACAGCUGCUGGACAAGGAUACAGAUCCUGACUGCAGUGACAGCACGGGCCGAUCUGCUGCUGCCUUAAAUAAGCACCAGGAAGCCAUUCCAGUUCUCACUGGGAGAGGAGUGGAUGUGGACCAGCAGUGGGGGCUGUACAGCACGAGCCUCCAGAAGGUGGACACUCGAGGCCAGACAGCCCACAACCUGGCUCUGGAAAGGGAGGACCACCACGUCACCUUGCUCUUUGAUGCUAAGUUCAGCCAGGAGCUGGGGGACCAGCUCAGCCAGCCUGAGAGCUGCAGCCCAGAUGACUGUCAGGCCCAAGGCAGCUGCUGGUCCUCACAGAAGGAGCCACUCAGCACUGGCUGUCCUGUUUCUGAAGUGUGCAUAUGAGAUUGGGAACUGAGCUGGAGAGAAAUUCUUAAGAUUCUUUUUCUUUCUUUAGAGCUGGGCAUGGUGAUGCAUGCUUGUAAUCCCAGUGUUCUAGGAGGUUGAGGCAGGAAGAGGAAGACAUCAAGUUUGAGCCCAGCCUGGGCAGCUUGGUGACUUUGCAAGACCCUGUCUCAGAAUAAUAAAAAAGGCAGGAGAUACAGCUCAGUGUGAAGGCCCUGGGUUCAAUCCUCAGUAAUGAAAAAAAAAAAUCUUUUUAUUUUUUGAUUAGUAGAAGCCAUUUGUACCAUGUGGGCUGCUCCCAAUAUACCUUGGAAUGUGAUGAACUUAAUGCAUACUUUUUAAUGGUUUAUUGCUGGGGUUUUUGGAGGGAAUUUCACUUUUAAUUUUUAAUUUAUUUUUCAAUAGAUAAUAAUUGCAGAUGGUUCAGAGCUGAAAGGUAUAAAGUAGUCUGUGGAGCAGUCUCCCUCCCAUCCCUCCCUCCUCAGGGGCACCAGAGAGCCCAGGGCUGGCUGUAUCAUCCUAGGGUUGGAUAAAAACACAUAGGACACAUGUCAUGGGCCACGCACAGUGCAUGUAUAACAUACAUGUGUUCUUUCCCCUCAUUAACACAAUAGCAGCAAAUUGCACACUGCUGUGCAUCUUGUAGGUGGCCUCAAAUUAGUAUGUAAAGAUUGAACUUUAAAUUUCUACAUUGAACUCAUUGGUUACCAUCAUUUGUUGCUGGCUGGCAGCCCAGCUUCAGUAAAACCAUUUGCAGGAAUGCAUGACUUUUACUGUUUUCUUGAGGUCAUGAUUUCAAUCUAGGUUGCAAUGCUGUAGUAGUAGAGCCUUGGAAUUGUUCUACUGAUGUAAACAGGGCAUUUGUUCAUUUAGAAUAGUUCAUUCAGGACAAUAAACAACAGACCUGGUGGUGGUU